AUGGCCAUUCUGGUUCCGGCACUCUGGAACUCUGGUGGGCCGCUCGUCCCAACGUCUGAUGCGGCACGGCGCCGGAGAUGCAUUUGGCCUGCCAAGGCUGGCGCUACAGCCUGCGAGUACUGCUCCUCACGGCGCCUGCGAUGUGUCCAGGAGCCUCCGGAAGGCGGCUACUAUCACAAACGACAGAGCAGGCUUCAGGAGACUAGCCAUGGGGAGUCUUCGACGUCGCCAAAUCCGCUGCCAACCUUGGCCUUCACCGGACCGCACGUCGAGCUUCCCCCCAUGCCGCUGAGGCUGGAGCUCGUGAACCUCUAUUUUGACUACAUUCAUGAUCAGUUCCACUCCAUCUUCCACCGGCCCACCUUUGUCGACAGUGUCCGUGACGACAAGGUGUCGCCUGCUGUCCUCUUGGCCAUAUUUGCUCUCUCUGCAAGGUUCUCGACGAGUGAGCUCCUAGGUGAGACAGAUCCUCGUGACAGGGGUGAGGCCUUUCGAACCGCCAGCGAGAGUCUACUCAACAUUCGUGAUAUCUCGCUGGAAACAAUACAAGUGUGUGUCCUGCUGGGUGGCUAUGCUGCUGGCCACGGCGAGACCGAUGUCGAAAACCUGUAUUAUAACCUUGCCGGGCGUAUGACCCUCACCUUAGAUUUGCCAAACAAGCAUGUUGAAAGCCCCCUGGAAAGGGAGCUGAACAUUCGAAUUUGGUGGACCAUCUGCAUGGUGGACGUCUGGUCCUCCACGGCAGUAAAGCUACCAAGAAUCAUGCCCCUUGAUCACCCUGUCCCGCUUCCCAUGGACGAGUUGACAUUCUUGUCGCUGACUCCUACCUUUGCCGGAGGGGUCCCCAAUAAUCCAUCGACGUUUGGAACUCCGCUUCUAGCGCAGAUGAUCAAGCUGAAUAGAGUCCUCUCACAGGUCAAUGACUUCAAUAAAAGAUGCGUUGCAGAACGCUUCGAGGGAACAACUCUGGAGCUUGGUAUCCAGUCCUUGUCCCUUGACAUGGAGCGUUGGUUGGUUGGCCUGCCCUACAAUAUGCGUGACACACCAGAGAACUUUGCUUGGCAUGCCUCCCACGGCCUGGGACGCUUUUUCACCGCUGUCUACCUGGGCUACUACUACUAUGGACAGCUUCUAUACUACCAGUUCUUGGGAGCCGAAGCGGCCGACUCCAUGAACUCAUCUCACGUAUACGCUGAUAGAUGUAAAGAUCACGCCGCUAAGUUAUGUGAGAUGGUAUAUCGGUCAUUCGAUACGCCAGGAAGCGAGGUGUUAUACUCCAUGGUGGGUCACGUUCUUGUGAUCGCCUCAACUGUUCAAAUCCAUACUUUGCUGUUCUCUGGCGAUGAAAUGCAGAUCCGAGUGUCGAGGCUGCGACUGGAACGCAACUUUGAGAUUCUCCUUCAUCUGCGACCAUACUGGUCCAGUGUCGACAGCGCCAUGAGUCGGCUGCGGGCAUUCCAUCAAACUUGUCUAAAGAGGAACAAGGCCAGCUUCAUCCUGGACCGGUGGCUUCUUCGUUUUCUCAUUGAGUUCUCGCCGCAUAUGGAAUCAGAACCGCGCGAGACGGAUCCCGACUAUGCGGCGCUUUGGUCGCUCUCUAAGGAAUCAAUUCUUGCUCCUCUGUCUUCAGCGUAA